GGAGGAGGCCGAGCAGCUAGGUUUGCAGGUGAUGAAGUCUCGCAAGGCAAAGCUCGGCGAGCAUCACCCCGACACGCUGUCGAGUAUGGCUAGCUUGGCAUCGACGUACCAGAGACAGGGUCAGUGGGAGGAGGCCGAGCAGCUAGGUUUGCAGGUGAUGAAGUCUCGCAAGGCAAAGCUCGGCGAGCAUCACCCCGACACGCUGUCGAGUAUGGCUAG